GCUGUGGCUGCAGUCUGUGAGCUCAGUAGGCUUGUCGAAGCCAUCGCAGCGGCUUUGUGCAAUCCCGAUCGUUUAACCGCGUGCAUCAGUCGCGAUCAACCGACGAAUUCCAGUGCGAACCAGCGCAAGUAAAGGCUGCGGCGGCCGCUGCUGCGCCAGUUGUAGUUGUUAUUGUGUGGAGUGGAGUGGAGUGCGGGAUUACGUUUGAAAACAUGGAGAUCACUGCGAAUGUGGCACAUGCGACUGUCGGCGGCGACCUCAACUCCAGCUGCAUAACCACAUCCUCACGGGCCAGCAGCUAUCUCAGCCUCGAGACUUCUGUGGAGCCCAACGAACAUACUCCACUGCUGGCCGCCAGCGGCACUGCAUCAACUGAUUCAGCUCGGGCAAGUUCGACGACGGCUGUGGGUACAGCGAUCUACACAAAAGAAUGCUUUAAUUGGCGCAUCAUUGGACUGCUCUUGAUGUUCAUCAACGGCCUGGUGCUGGCCACAUAUUUGCUCUGGCGACAAACAUCAGCUCCGCCGGCUAAUGGCUACAAACUGCGACUCAUCCGACAUGAUAUAUGGAGUGAGGCCCAUUUGCACGGUCAGGCGCUGCUGGUGGCGGGAAAAGUUGUAAAUGUUUUCAUCACACACACAGCCAGCGAGGAGUGCAGCGAGAACUGUGCGAAUCUGCUGCAGAGCUUGCAGCACAACCAUUUGGGGGAGCUUCCGUAUAACUUUCUCAUGGCCGGCGACUGUGAGACAUACGAGGCGCGCGGCUGGCAGUACGCGAGCAGCUUUGAGUCGCUGCCCCAGGCCAGCUCCUUGGUGUUCGCCUUUGUGGGCGACUUUAGCCAGUGGCUGCCGAGUCUGUGCCAGCUGCAGAUGGCUAAAGCGCUGCUCUGGGAAUCGCAGAGGCGCCUCAAAUUGCAGCCGCUCUAUCAGCUCUAUGGGCUGCGCAAUGUGAGUCGCAGUGAACGGGAUGCGGAUGCACUGGUUGGUCAGCUGCAGCUCUGGCCGCUCUAUGCUGGCCAGCGGCUAGUGAAGUAAAAGUCAGGCUUCCAAGUUGUUCCUCUCGUUUUUAUUGUACUCCACAAAACAAAUAGUUUACAAAAGAAGCGCAGGAUUAAUAAAGCGGGGUGCCACCGAAAAGCGAAGCGAGUGCCCGCUCCCAGCCCAGCGGAACAGUUGCUGCCAGCCGGGUAGAUGAGCCAACAAAGCGUAGCGCUGCGUGUGCCAUUACAAAUUAAGGAUAAUGCCUAUUACUAAAGCUUAAAUGUCUACAAUGGAAGCUGUGCAUCGGACGCAUCCUAGUCGAACUCCAGUUUCCGAAAACUGCCCUCAAUGGACUCGAUCUGUGAAACGAAAUUGGUGCCCGUGCCGUUCUUCUCGGAAUUGUAGCUACUGCGUCGCUGUAUGCCGCGAUCUGAGAGCAGCGUGCUCUGAUCCAGUGCCAGGACCAGGUCCCGUUUAGCCGCCAGCUCCUGUUUCCACAGCUCAAUCAUCUCACGCAUGGGCAUGGUGCCGCCCAUCUCUUGAGGCAGGCAGUCGGCAUCGACGCUCUUCAUCAGCUCCUUCUCGCUGCCGUAGAUGUUGAGACGGUUUUUCAUCUUGGAGCUGACGCGAUUCUUUACAAAGUCAAUCAGCCAUUUCAACGUGGAGGGCACAUUGAUCAGAUGAAUCUCCUUGUGACGCAUGGGCAGCGAUUGUUCGCCCCAUUUGAAGACGCGCGCAAAUUCCGUGGGAUUCCAGUUGGUGACAUGCGAUGUGGUGACGCCCGCGAAGUCGCCCACAUGACUCAGACCCGUUAUUUGCGUCUCCUGAUCCUCCAUCAGGCACUCGUAGGUGAGAAAGUGAGCCUUCGCCUGGUCGCUGCUUGUGUGAAACUUUGGAUUCAAACCUUUGGCAUUGAUGAUCACCAACCGCCGGCCGUGUUUGUCCCUCUUCGGCACCGCGAAUAUGUAUCCCUGUUCGAUGAGGUCGCCCAGUCGCGGUUCCAGAAAGUCCAGCUUGGUGGCCAUGUGCGGGAAGGUGCGUCUAAUGUUCAGAUACUUGAGCAGCGUCUGCUCUGCCAUCGGCACACUGAACUUUUUGGCGCGCAGAAAACGCAACAGGAAGGUAUCGUCGCAGCGCACAUUCUGCAGAUCCUCGUUCUUCAGCACCCAGUUGCGCAGCUGUUCCAGGCUCUGCUCCCGCGUGCACUUGUCUUCGCGCAGCUCCCGCUUGGCUAUCUUCAGCAACGAUUCGGACAGCAUCGAGACGUCGCUAUCCUCCAGUACCUUGGUCUCCUUCAUUGUUAUCACUGUUCCUAAGCUGCGGCUGCUGCUGUUCAAUGCGGCGUAUGCGUAAUAUCAGCCGGCUGUUCAAAGAGAAGGCAACGAGGAACAUAAGUAAGCAUAUUUUGCAUAUUUAAAACGUUAACUAUUGGAAAUAAUAUUGGCUAUUUAAAUUUAAUAAUACGCUCGAUUCACAAACUUCGUGCUUGGACGCUUGAAUCUUGUUUUAAAUAACGAUCUUUUUGAUUUCUGUUUAAUUUGUGACACAAUUUAAUGAUUAAAUCACACACUCGUUUUAA